AUGGAUAAUUCUAAAUUUUUGAAGCUUUAUGAAAAUCUUGUAGCAAUUGGAUAUCCUUUAUCAAGUGAUUCAUGCAGCUCUAUAGAUGAAAUUGAAAGAGAAAUGACAAUUUUCCUGAUUCCAGGCGAAGCGAGACUGCACAUACAAGAAUGGCUCAUAGAAAAAUAUGAGCCUGGUAUUCUUUCAGACUCAGACUUGAACUUAUUGUCAGAAAAUCAGUAUCACCGUCUGCAUUAUGCUUAUUUACAAAUUGGCUUAGGAGCUCAAUCUCUCGAAGUAAUCCAAGGACAAUGUGGGCAUGAUUCAUCGAUUUCUUUAUUGAUAAACUUAGUUGAGCUUGUGAAAUUUAGCUCAGCUGACCCAGUUUCUACUUUAAAAAACUCUGAAUUAUGCUUAAAUUACAUAACAGAGAAUCUUCAAGAUAUUUUCAGUCAAGAAUUAAAAAUAUUCCCUCCUACUUUUCCACAAAAAUAUUCCUCAAGCAGCAAAAAUGCUUUGAUCGACCUAGACCAAACCAUUCAGUACUGAGAAAACCAUUUAGAGUCUUUAAAAUCACAAACAUCUCUAUUAAACGUUGAAGUUUUCUAUGAAGAACCCACAAAGCAGCAAGUAAAAGACCUCAAAGAAGAAAUAGAAAAAUUUUCAAAAGAAAUAAAAGACUAUAGGUCACUCUAUGAACAAGAAAUUCAGCAGGAAUUAGCUCAUAAAUACUAUGGACUCGACCAGCAAGCUGUCUCUGCUAUACAAUCGGCACCUCAUUUUUCGCCUUUACUAGGAAUUGGGAAAAAGUCUUCUGACUGUAAAAAAUCUCAUGAAAAAGUUAUGAAAUUAUUAGAGGACAUUGAAAAUAUUUGGGGUAUGCUAAAUGUAAUAAAAACUUCUUCACAAUAG